GAUGUUAUGAAAGCAAUCUCACAAUCUAUAGUUGAUGUUCCGCAGAUUUACAUAAAAGGUCGGAACCAUCCUUCGUGUUAAGUUUCAGUAGGACGUUUACUGUGGGGACUCCAGUGUGUGACCUUCCGGUGAAGUGCUCCGUGUUCCUGUUCGCCAACAUGUUUCUAACGAAGCUCUGUUCCGUUUCACCGAGCAGUCUGCUCUCACGGUGUGUCUCCCCUGUGCUCCCCCGGACAGCGGCCCCGGCCCGGGGCUCAGCCCCUGGGCUCGGCCAGGCUUCCCUGCUGCACACCCACCUGGCUCAGUGGAACUCCAACCGGGCGUCGGUGGUGCGCUGUGGCCGCCAGAAGUAUGAGCGUCUGUACCCGGUGAUGCUGGUCCGACCUGAUGGAUCCACAGUGAACAUCAGAUACAAAGAACCCAGACGCAUCCUCAUGAUGCCCGUGGAUCUGUCCAGUCUGUCUGAGGAGGAGCGUCGAGCUCGACAGAAAAAGAGGGAAGUGAAGAAGACGAAGAAACAGACAACCAUCCACUACGAGGACGACUUUGAAGCUGACAAAUACAGCCAAUUCUGGAAGAAGAAGUGACUUGUU